GUUUGCUUUCGUUCACUUCCUUCAAAAGCAUUCCUGUCUCUGUAUUUCCUUCACCUCCGGCUGAAUCUCCGGCGAAUGAUCCGUCCGUUAGCUUGAUGUUUCGUUUUCUUUUACGUAUUUGGCGUGAAAGCGUGCUAAAAGUUUAGUUGACGCGAAACUUCUUCUGUCUGAAUAGUGAAUACACACUGAAGCAAAUCCAGGACAAAUUUGGUGUGUUUUGUCUGAGUUGGAGAGAUUAGGAGGUUCCACAUUGUCUGGUGGCUUCAACUAUGCUACCUAGUGGGUUGAAAGAAACCCAACUCCGCGAGAGCAACAACAGCCAGAAGGUCCAUCCUCAACCAAUGGAAGAGUCUAUCAAUCAGAACCCAGAAGCUAUGGAAGCUCUUAUAUCCAAUCUGUUUGGAAACAUCUCGUCUUUGAAAUCGGCUUAUGUCGAGCUUCAAUCUGCUCAUACGCCUUACGAUCCCGAGAAGAUUCAGGCAGCGGACAAAGUUGUGAUUUCUGAACUCAAGAAUCUUUCGGAACUGAAGCAUUUUUACAGAGAGAAUAACCCCAAGCCUGUAUGUGUCUCUCCACAAGACUCUCGUUUAGCUGCAGAGAUUCAAGAACAGCAGAGUCUGCUCAAGACUUAUGAGGUCAUGGUGAAGAAGUUUCAGUCUGAGAUUCAGAACAAGGACUCUGAGAUCACUCAGAUGCUGCACAAGAUCGAGGAAGCAAACCAGAAACGGCUUAAGCUUGAGAAGAAUCUUAAGUUAAGGGGAAUGUCUACAAACGAAUCCUCUGGUGGAGAUGGCAAUUUGCAGUUUCCUGACUUGACCACUGAACUCUUUAUAUCAACGUACGAAGCUGCUUCCAAAGCCGUGCAUGAUUUCUCCAAGCCGCUAAUCAACAUGAUGAAAGCUGCGGGAUGGGAUCUUGAUUCUGCAGCCAAUUCGAUUGAGCCUGAUGUUGUUUACGCCAAGAGGCCUCACAAGAAAUAUGCAUUUGAAUCAUACAUAUGCCAGAGGAUGUUCAGUGGGUUUCAGGAGAAGAAUUUCUCAGUAGACUCAGAGAGUGCGACGGCCGAUGACACAGAGACCUUCUUCCGUCAGUUUCUUGCUCUCAAGGAUAUGGAUCCACUAGAUGCUCUAGGGACAAACCCGGAUUCCAAUUUUGGUCAAUUCUGCAGGAGCAAGUAUCUCAUCUUGAUCCAUCCAAAGAUGGAAGCUUCUUUCUUUGGAAAUCUAGACCAGCGUGACUACGUGACAGGAGGUGGGCAUCCGAGGACCGCGUUUUACCAGGCCUUCUUGAAACUCGCAAAGUCGAUAUGGAUCUUGCACAGGCUUGCUUUCUCGUUUGAUCCAGCCGCAAAGAUCUUCCAGGUGAAGAAGGGUAGUGAGUUCUCUGAUUCAUACAUGGAAAGUAUUGUGAAGAACAUAGUUGUGGAUGAAAAAGAAGAGAACCCAAGAGUUGGUCUUAUGGUCAUGCCUGGGUUUUGGAUUGGUGGUAGUGUGAUUCAAAGCCGAGUUUAUGUUUCUGGUGUGAAGAUCGUUGAAUGAAGGACAUUCUAGUGUCCCUGAAAUCCCAAGAGAACUGUCAUAAAGCUUCCCACUUUGUUGUGUAACUUUUAUUUUCCCGCUUGUUAUAAAUUUUAUUUUCAGUAAGCCGACAUCUAAUUGUCUGUCUAAGUUGAUCGAAAAAAAUCAUUUCUUUCAAGCAGAAA